CAAUGUCCUGCUUACACUGCAGACUGGAGGAGCCAGGGAUCGAACCGCCGAUCUUACCUCUAAACCACAGCAGCCCCACUGUACCCAGCAAAUGUUUCCACAUUCAUCCAUUAAUGAAUAUUCCACAGACUUAAGAAACCAGAAGUUGUGUUUUUUUAUAUGUUCAGAGACACAAAGACAGACUCAUCAUCCGGACAACAUGAAGGCUCCGUCUGUCUCUCUGCUCCUCGGCCCGGCUGUGCUGCUGUUUGGACUGCCUGUGUCUGCAGUCUUUCUGAACGUCAGUCCAAACCAUCAGGUGUUCUUUAAAAGAGACUCUGUCUCUCUGAGUUGUGUUGAAGAUGGACAGACAGUGGAUGGAUGGACGGUGAAGAGGACAGCAGGAGGACUGACACAGACCUGUGGUGGAGGUCAACAAGACUUUGGGAGAUUGAAUGGUUCCUCCUGCAACAUCUCAACUCUCUUUCCAUCCGACAAUGGAGUUUACUGGUGUGAAAAUAGAGCUGGACAGAGGAGCGUCCAGGUCAGCAUCAGUGUAUCAGAUCGUUCUGUGAUCCUGGAGUUGCCCAGACAUCCUGUGCCUGUAGGAAGUCAUGUCACUCUGCACUGUAAAACCAGAGAAAGUUACACACAAACAGUGUACUUCUUCAGGAAUGAGAGCUUCCUUGGCACUGGACAAACGGGAGAGUUUACCAUUAGUGAUGUCCAGCCGUCUCAUGAAGGUCUCUACUGGUGUUGUCAGGAUCGUUGAAGAGCUGGCUGAGUGUCAGAGAUCCAGAUCCAGAUAAUGCUAGUCCUCUGUCUGUGGUCAGGCUGCUCUGCCAUCUACUGGUCGUCUGUCCGUUCUGCAUUUCUACCAUCCUCGUGGUGUCUAUCUACUGCAGCAAGAGGACAGAAAACAAACCAUCCAUUUUCAUGGAGAUGAACCGCAGUGUUGAAGGCGGUCUGAGACUGGCUGAAGAGCAUGAUGUCGCUGCUGGUGUCACCACUGAGCACGCUUUAUAAACUGAAGAGGCUGUGCUGUUUGUGUCAUGUGUCAACAGGCUCGUGCUUUGCUGUCUGCUAACAUGCUCACAAUGACAAUGCUAACAUCUUUUGCAGGUAUAGAGGGCGCCAUGUUCACCAUCUUAGUUUAGUGAGUUAGCAUGCAAACAUUUGCAAAUUAACACUCAACACAAAGUAGCUGAUGUGAAUCUCAUAAGUAAGCAUUAGAAGAAAAGGCUGGACAUCUUAAAAGCUUAAAAUACACAUUACUGUUAAUAAUCAACUUACCUUCUAUGAUGCUCAAAGCAUUCCUCAGGGAAGAAUUUUCCCUCUCAAGUUCAAAGUUAUUACAAUUCAUCCUAAAUGAAUGUGAAUAUCUGAAAUAAAUUUGAUGGCAAUCCAUCCAAUAGUUCAUUCAGACAUUCAGUGUCAAUGAACAUUAACACGCAUAAAAAUCAAAACACAACACUAAAAUUUUUGUUCAUGAAGUCACCUGUCUGUCAUUAGGAAAAACACAACAACUGUGGAUAUGUGACAGUGGGAAAAUCAUGAUCUUUUACAUUAUUUUUAUUUUAUUCAUUUCAUCAGUGUAGUGUCACAUCUGUUGGAUGUUGGGUUUCUGUAAAUAUUAUCACACAGUAUGGUCUAGACUGGCUCUUUUAUGAGCGCUAUGAGACUGUUGUUGUUGUGAUUUGGCGCUAUAAAAAUAGAAUUGAAUUGGGGUGGUGAUGCCGCAGUGGAUAAGAUGCAUGUCCUUGGUGUGAGAGACCUGGGUUCAAUCCCCCACUGUGACACAUCCACCAAUGUGUCCCUGAGCAAGACACUUAACCCCUCGUUGCUCCAGAGGCGUGCGACCUCUGACAUAAAUAGCAAUUGUUGGUCGCUUUGGAUAAAAGCGUCAGCUAAAUGACAAAUUAUUAUUAUUCUAACGGCCACAGCAAAACCAAAACAAGCUGGGUGUGUGCAUCACUUAAAAGUGUCCCCUGGAAACACUUCCCUUUGUGUUUUCUUAUUGUGUUGUGAUCAAUUUACGACCUCCGACAUAAAUAGCAAUUGUAAGUCGCUUUGGAUAAAAGCGUCAGCUAAAUGAAUAAAUGUAAAUGUAAAUGAAUUGAAGAUCUCUCCGCCGUGGCUGCCUGAAGCUACACUUUCCUUGUCUUCGCGACUGUAACUUCCACUAACCACAAGAAAACAAAAAGGGGAAACGAGCACGAGUGUUAGUUUGUGGCUAUAACAACGCUGUUGACACAAUGUACAGAUAACCUGCAACCCCUGCUGGAGCGAGAGAACUACACAACAAUCAGUUUUUAAUGAUUAAUUAGGUUAUAAUCAAAACCCAGAAUUCAGAAUUGUUUUGUAGUUCUGUAUGUAAUAUAAUAAAUUGCAAAUGUGUUUAGUGGAAAUGUUUUUAAAAUUUUAUGUCAAAGGGGUGCUGUGCCAAAAUC